GCGCGCAGCGGGAAGAUGGCGGCGCCCAGGGCGGCGUGGGACGGGCGGGACGAGCCUUGGAACCGGCUGGACGUGCCCUGGCCCGCGAACAGCGCCGCGGUGCCGCUGGCGGCCCAGCAUCCCGCAGUGGGGUUACUGUCGGCGCUGCGGCGGCGCUGCGACAUCGCCGGGAAGCGGCUGUCGGGGCCGGGCCUGGCCGCCGAGGGACGCGUCCUGCGCGCCGUGCUCUACGUGUACCACAGCCGGCUGCUCCGGCACCGGCCCUACCUGGCCCUGCAGCAGGUAGCGCAAUGUUUAAAGCGCCUAUGGAAAAUGAAUCUGGUGGGCUGCCUGGAAACUCUGGUAGGACUGAUUCCCAAGAAAAACGCAUCUAAAGCCCAGGAAGAAUGCUCGGUUCCCAGCCAACCUAUUCUGGAAACUGUGGCUUUGAAGGUAUUGGGAGGCUGCAAGCUCAUACUACGUCUACUGGAUUGUUGCUGUAAAGCUUUUCUCUUGUCCGUGAAACACCUCUGCUCGAAGGAAUUCAUACUCCUGAAUACUGUGGCUUCAGGGCUCCUGAGCCGGCUCUGGGUCCAGUACAGGUGUGUAUUGCAGACCCUCAUGUCCUUGUACAGUGUCUUGUCAACAAUGCUUCAGCUGGUAUCUGAAACCCAGAAGACCCCUUAUAUCAAGGGGUUUACCUUCCCUUCUGAUGUUGGUGACUUCCUUGGAGUUAAUGUAUCUUCUGAAGCAAAGAAGCAAAAGGCUAAAAUGCUUACAGCAAAAAAAUCUACCAGCUGGAUGACAAAGUUCUUCCCAGCAAUGCCAGAGGCAGUAUCAAAGGUUGGGAAAAAGAGAAAAUCUGAGACCUGUACAAGUGCUGUGAAAAACCAUAGCAUCCUAUGCCCCGUGGACAUUGGAGAGACAGUUGUGGUGCCCACAGCCAGGAGAGGGAAGCACCCAGGGUUUGAUGUGAAGAGCUUGCUUAGGCCAUCCAGACAUCCCACACAAGAGGGUCUAAGCAUUGCAUCAACACCUCUUCAAGCAAAGUCAUCGCCACUUUCAUCUCAGAUAGUAAAAUCACAGCACACUGGAUCUCUUGUACAGAUGGUCCAAACAGCUGCAUCAUUUGAGGAGCUGUCAGAGGCACUCAGAAAAGCUAUUCUGUGGUGCAAAACCAACAAAUUCAAAUCAGAAGCUUAUUUUCUCCGUAACAAGUUGUUGAAAAGCAACCGGCUACACCAUGUGGAGGCUCAAGGAUGCAGCUUGAAGAAAAAGCUGCGCUGUGUGAAAACAUCUGUCUGUAAACACCUCCUGUACGGGUCCCAACACACGCGCUGGCCGAGGCAGCACCUCCAGGCACGCUGCUGCCGAAGGAGGAUCAGGUCGUCGGCGCUCUUGAAGACAGCUCCAAAGACUGGUGGGCAAAAGCCUCCUGAGCUUUUUGGGGUCUGUGAGAACAGUGCAUCACUCAUCCUCCCAGCUUACCAAGAUGGGUCUCCAAGUCAGGAAGAACAUUCUAGCAUUGAUACAGGACGUGUCAGACUAAGCACAACAGGGACCUCUAAGCGGCUGCUGCUGGAAGGAAGCCCUGGCCUUGUGUGGAAAGAACCUGCUGAAAACACAGAUAUUGAUUCUAUUUUUGCAGCAAUAGGUGUGUGAUCCUGGAUUUGAAGGAGGAAAGGGUUGAGUCAUUCUAGUUUUUUGUUGUUUGGUUUUUUUUGUUUUUAUUUUUAAGUAAACCCCUCUGAACCCUUA